AGAUCCAAAUGCAGACUUGAGCUGAGACAUCUACCUCUAUGAACUUUAUUUUUUCGGCCUCAUGUUUCUUUUUAAAUGAUACCCUAAUAUAUCAAUUAUCCUCGUUUUCCCCCUUUCAAUGACCACCUCGGUGGCAUUGAAUCUGUUCUUGCCUUGUUCCCUUGAUUGAACUUUCUUGUCAAAUCCACUCCUUUAUCGUGACUCGACUCGUAAUCACUCGUUCGAACUACUCCUACCAACUACCAACGAUCCGAUGCAUUUUCCUUCAUCCGACCGACCCCAUCGAGAAAACUGAUACAAAUCUCAUAUGUUACAGCAUAUCCAUGACGUCGUGUAACCACAAUGCCUUCCGAAAAAUCCCAGUAUAUACCGCCGCCUCCAAUACCAACUUACGAUGAGGCGACCGGCGGCCAUCCAUCAGGCCACCGGCCCCAUUCGCCAAUAGAUACGCGACCCGACCACGAAACCGAAGCGCAGUCUCUUCUCUUCUCACGAUCUCGGCAGGCUGAUUCAUCGAGACGCGCGCCCGACGGAUAUCGACCUCCCUACGUGGAGUCAGACGACGAAGGAUCGCAGUGGACGCUCGAAGAUGAUGAUAGUGAUGAUGGCGAAAAUGCGCGCGUGCGGCGCGAAAUGCAAGAGCUGGAAGUUGAAGAUCCACUAGAUGAUGCAAGUUCUAGGUCAUCCACAUCAUCAUGGACAAAACGGAUAGCCUCUUCUCUACCCCAGUGGAAAUGGCAAUGGCGAUGGCGACUUCCUAGAUUUACUGUCCGACUACCUCGUCAGAAUGAAGCGACAAACAGUCAGGAUGGUGAACCAACAGAGACGAGGAGGUUUAGGUGGCCGAAGAUUAACAGCGCCGCCGCCAUACUUCUGGUCGGCCGAUUGCUAGCCAUUUUCUUGAUCCUGGGCUUCCUAUAUAUUCUCUUCAUGAGUGAUCUUUUCACAAAAAUGACACGGCGUAUCGGAGGGCACAUGUUUGACCCUGAAGCCGUGCGACAAUAUGUACAAGCCGAAAUUAACUCGGACUCGAUGAGGACCACUCUCAAGCACUUUACGAGCUACGCACACAUUGCAGGAACCGAAGGCGACUAUGCACUGGCAAUGGACGUACGGAACGACUUCAUGAAUUAUGGCUUGGAGGAUGUGACCGUCGACGAAUACCAAGUUUACCUGAACUUUCCGAUUCCAGGAGGUAGAGCUGUACAGAUCAUGUCCGAGGAUGGCAAGGAAGCUGCAUGGACGGCUGCCCUGGAAGAGAAGGAAGUUGGCGAAGAGACGGCCGGCCACCAAACACUUGUAUUUCACGGUCAUUCGAAAGCUGGCGAUGUGAGGGGUCCGCUAAUCUAUGCUAAUUAUGGAUCGAGGGAGGACUUCAAGAUGCUAGCGGAUAAGGGAAUCGAUACAAAAGGCGCCAUCGCGCUCGUCCGUUAUUAUGGCACCCAAGGCGACAGAGCUCUCAAAAUCAAAGCGGCAGAACUGGCCGGGUUUGCUGGAUGCAUUAUAUACAGCGACCCGGCGGAUGACGGCUUUGUAAAAGGGGAGCCGGCUCCUAAUGGACGAUAUAUGCCAGCUGAUGGUGUCCAGAGAGGUGGCGUGAGUUUGAUGAGCUGGGUAGUAGGUGACGUCCUCACUCCUGGUUGGGAAAGCAAGGAGGGCCAGCCUCGGAUGGAAAAGAGCAAAGCUGUAGGUCUUGUCGGUAUUCCAAGUUUACCGCUGGCGUGGCGCGAUGCCCAGGUGCUCCUACAGCAUAUUCAGGGUUUUGGCGAGCCGUGCCCUAAUGACUGGCAAGGAGGGGUACCUGAUGUCGAGUGGUGGUCAGGGAAUUCGUCGUCGCCUAUCGUACGGUUGAAGAACGAACAAGACGAGAAUGAACGGCAGAAGAUCUGGAACAUCUAUGGUAGAAUUACAGGCAUCGAGCAAAAUGAGAAGUCGAUCAUUAUCGGCAACCACCGCGAUGCUUGGGCCUUUGGCGCAACCGAUCCUAAUUCAGGAACAGCUAUCAUGCUCGAAGUCGCACGCAUUUUUGGCGAUCUCUUAGGCAGAGGCUGGCGACCACUUCGCACAAUUGAAUUUAUGAGUUGGGAUGCCGAGGAGUACAACUUAAUUGGCAGCACGGAGUACGUCGAAAACAACCUAGAGGCUCUACAAAAAGACGCAUUCGCCUAUAUCAACCUAGAUACUGCAGUUUCUGGCCAGGAGUUCCAUGCUGCUGCGUCUCCGGUGUUCCGGAAGGUCCUAUACAAGGUGCUUGACAGAGUCAUUGACCCCAAUUUCAACACUACAUUGCGUGCAUUGUGGGAUGGUCGCAAUGCAGAACUUGAGGGCCUCGGUGCUGGUAGCGACUACGUCGCAUUCCAGGACAUCGCGGGCACCAGCUCUAUCGAUAUUCGAUUUGAUGGAGCGGCACAUCCUUACCAUUCUUCAUACGACAAUUUUGACUGGAUGGAUCGUGUUAGUGACCCGGGCUUCAUAUAUCAUAACCUCCUCGGCCAAGUUCUUGGGCUUCUCAUUCUCGAAUUAGCCGACCGACCAGUUUUACCUUUCGAUAUGGGCAACUAUGCGCUGUCUCUCGGCCGCUAUCUAGGAAACCUAUGGCAGUGGGGCGAAGACAAGGGUGUCAACGAGCAUUAUAAUCUCGACCCAAUCAAGGAUGCGGUCAAUGAGGUUGAGAAGGCAGUCUCGGAAUUCGAGAGGUGGGAAUCCAGCUGGCAAUCGGCCGUUCUAUCGUCAAACGGUUGGGAGCCGGUAGGUUUAGGCCAAAAGCGAGGCGAUUACAAUAGUCGCAUGGCGAACUUUGAGACUGGUCUGCUUGAUUUGGAGUUUGGUGGCGGGAUUCCAAACCGAACGCAAUUCAAGCAUGUCGUCUUCGGUCCGCAGCUGUGGUCCGGGUACGAUGAGGCAUUCUUCCCGGCUAUCCGGGACGCCGUGGACGCGGAAGAUUGGUCGCUGACCCAAAAGCUCAUCGACAAAACCGCAGACAUCAUAACGAAGGCGGCUAAAGCGCUGUUGGAAUAAUGGACUGCUGGACGCGGGUGUCCUACUUUCAAGGAAGCUCCUUGCGGGUUUAUAAUGGGAUGCAUUGUUCGGCGUCAACGGGGUUAGGGGUGGUUUUCGUCAUUGUGUGUAUUGUACAUGUAGAUGUAGGUGGUCGACUCCUAUGCUUCUACCUAGAUUAUUUCAGGGUAUCGUCACAUAGCUUGAUAGCCGGCUCGGAAGCCGGCUGAGAAUAGUAUAUUUGAGAAUACGGUCGUGAACCUGGGAACUAUUAACGUGUACAGGCGUCACAUACCGAUAUCACAUGAUACUGAUCAUACGAAUUGUGAAUAUUUCUUAUAAACCUGUCAUGUUGUUCACAUGUAUCACCUAUUUACUACC